UGCUCCCUCUCUCCAUGUGCCCUCCCCUCCACCAGGGCUUCAUAAAUACCACAGCAUUUUGCUCUGUGUGACAGUACCACAGGCAACUCAUUCUGUAGCUGAUGUAAAAGUCUGCUGCUGCUGAGAGAGGCUGUCUUCCUUUCAGAAAACUCACUGUCAUCUAGUUUCAAGCUUAGUUCUAGCCAGGGUAGAAUAAACAGCACUUUACUGAGCAAAAGUUAAAUCACAUUUCUACUAAUCCAGGGACAGGCAUGUAUGCAAAGAAGACUGAUGAACAGGGGCCACGCAAAGGAAGGUCUUUUGACUCGGUAAACUCUGCUUAUGAGGAGAAGCAGCUCAACAACGAAAUGAAUAAGGUUACAUUCAGUAAAAUUGAUGAGAACCAAGACAACAGGAGCGUCUGCAAUGGAAGCCCCCCCAGCUCUGAGAAAAGCGGUGCAACAAUCAUAUUCUCACUAAAAAAUGAAAUUGGUGGUCUUGUCAAGGCACUCAAGCUUUUCCAGGAAAAACAUGUCAACCUUGUUCAUAUCGAGUCUCGCAAAUCCAAACGAAGGAAUUCAGACUUUGAGAUCUUUGUGGAUUGUGACACUGACCAUGAACAGCUCAAGGAGUUGUCUCAGCUGCUGAGGAAGCAUACAGAUAUUGUUGAGAUUAUGCCAGCAGACAACUUCACUCUAGCUGAUGAUGAUAUGGCUGAUGUGCCCUGGUUCCCUAAGAAGAUUUCUGAUUUGGAUCUAUGUGCGAACCGGGUUUUGAUGUAUGGCUCUGACCUGGAUGCAGAUCAUCCAGGAUUUAAGGACAACAUAUAUCGUAAAAGAAGAAAAUAUUUUGCUGAUUUGGCUAUGAGCUACAAACACGGCGAAGCUAUUCCUCGUAUAGACUUCACAGCAGAGGAGGUUCGUACCUGGGGCGUGGUGUUCAGGGAACUCAACAAGCUGUAUCCCAGUCAUGCCUGCAAGGAGUAUCUGAAGAACCUUCCUCUGCUGUCCACAUACUGUAACUACAGGGAGGACAAUAUCCCACAGCUGGAAGACAUCUCACGCUUCCUCAAGGAGCGCUCAGGCUUCAUCAUCAGGCCAGUGGCAGGUUACCUCUCCCCCAGAGACUUUCUAGCAGGCCUGGCCUUCAGAGUUUUCCACUGUACUCAGUAUGUCCGCCAUGGCUCUGAACCCCUGUACACACCUGAACCGGACACAUGCCAUGAGCUGCUGGGUCACGUUCCCCUGCUUGCUGAGCCCAGCUUCGCUCAGUUCUCUCAAGAGAUUGGUUUAGCAUCGCUAGGGGCUUCAGAUGAUGCUGUACAGAAACUGGCCACAUGUUAUUUCUUCACAGUGGAGUUUGGUUUAUGUAAGCAAGAUGGCAGGCUGAGGGCCUAUGGAGCUGGACUCCUCUCCUCCAUCAGUGAACUCAAGCAUGCUUUGUCUGACAAGGCUCAUACCCUUCCAUUUGACCCCAUGCUGACCUGUAAACAGGAAUGCAUGAUUACUACAUUCCAAGAAGUUUACUUUGUUUCAGAGAGUUUUGAGGAAGCCAAGAACCAGAUGAGGGAGUUUGCCAAGACCAUCCGUCGCCCAUUCACAGUAUGCUACAACCCCUACACCCAGAGUGUGGAUGUCCUGAGGGACACCAACAGCAUCAACAGCAUGGUGAAGGACAUCCGGCAUGAGCUGGACAUUGUAGAGGACGCCCUGAACCGACUCAACAUAAAUCUGAGAGCCUGAGGCGAGCCUUGGGUUAGCUGAAGGAAGAUCAGGCUGGGAGGAGUGCAUCGGAUUCAGUGGGGUUCAGAAAGGGUUUCAGGAGAAUUACACGGCAGCAAGUACCCAGUUUAUUAGGGUGAAAAGAGGUUAGCUGGAGUUGGUAAAGUUUGGAGUUGGGUUUAUUGGGUUGGAUGGACUGGGUAUAAAUGGGCUGGAAUAUGUGAGGUUGGAUGGGGUUUGGUGAGAAUGGGGCAAUGAGGGAAAACUUUGGGCAAACUAGGAUACUAACCUGUAUUAAGAUGGUGGUUAGCCUAACCUGUUGUGAUUUGAUAAUCUUGAAUAGAGUUAAAAUGAUAUUAUGGGUUAUACAUUUUAAUUCCGUAUACAUUCUGAUCCAGUUUGCCCCAAGUUCUCAUCUGAGAGAUCCGAUAUUAUAUCUUAAGACAUAGUAUAGUUGCAACAUGCAGUUAGCCUAAGCUUAGGCCAAUGAUAGAAGUAGCAUAGGAAAUGGAAGUUAAUAUGUCUGAAAGCUAAUUAGCUGUGUACUAAGUGAAUUGUAAAGUGGAAACUUUUGUGACUAGUUUCACUGGUGGCAAAAUGAAUAAGAAGAGGAAAGCUCUAUUGGUGUUAUUUCUAAUUCAGUAGAGAAGGGUAAGACACAAAAAAAAAUUAUAGUGUCCUCCAUUUUGGACUCUCAGGGCGUUUCUAAACAUUCAUGGGGUGUUACUUCAUUGCUAGUCCAGGUUGGACCUCGAUAUAUCUCUGGGCAGCUGCUAGCAGCUGUUAAUUUCAGUCAUUCUCAUCCGACCGUGCAAAGCCCACUUGGCUACAGUAGCCACUUAGCUCCAAUUUGCAGAGUACGCCUUGUAGUUGAGUUGGAUCGAGGUCGGAUCAUGUUCCCACCACAAACUGCUCCAGAAUUCGUUUGUGACCAGACCAAGACCACUUCCUGAGUAUGACUGCUGUGUACAGAUCUGUCCAAACAAAUUUUACCAAGAAAAAGAAACCAGAGUCUGAUUCAACCGGACCGGAAAUGCAACAAAACUAACAGGAGGGUGAGGGAGAUGUACACACCCACCUAGUUGUGAGAAGAGGUCUAAUCAGACAAAAUAAGUGAUAACACCUGUGUUGGUGGACCAUAGCUGUGUUGGACCUUGAAGUUCAAAAGCCAUUUGCAACCAGUAGCAGCUUUGAAGGUUCUUGUCACUGUAAUAGAGGCGCAAAAUAAUGAAUAAUGACAAAUAACAAAUGGCAGCAGUGAUUUCCUGAAUCGUUCAUUAUUCUAUUGACAUUUGUGUGGGGACGUCCACAAGCACCAGACAAAUGUUUUGAACUUGGCUUUACUGUUGGCUGUAAACGGUAAUAAAUGCAACAAGUAAUGUGAAA